AUGUCAUUGUUAACUGGUCCACGUCCUUUUGUUGGAGUCUCUAUUCUCACACUCUGUCCACGACUUCAUCCAGGUUGUGUUCUCAUUUCGCAACGUUUGACAAGUCCAGGACGUGGGACUUUACAGCUACCAGGUGGUCAUCUUGAAUAUGGCGAAUCUUUCGAAGAUUGUGCUCGACGUGAACUAAACGAAGAAACUAAUCUUGAAUGCACUGCAGCUCCUCUUAAGCUCGUCUUCGUCAGCGAUUCCUUGUUUCCGCCGGACGACGGUGGCCCAAGACAUUACAUUACAUUACUGAUGAAAGCAGAAAUCAACGAUGACGCAUUACUUCGAUGGAUGGAACCAGAGAAGAACACGGAAUGGAAAUGGAUUCCUUGGACGGAUCUAAAAGAUAAAAACUUGUUCACACCAUUAAGAAAAGCGGUUGACAGUCUCGAAUUUAAUUCCAUUACUGAUAUGUCUAUGGAACAGCAAAAUUUUGUUUAG